GACAGAGUGUAUAAAGAGACAGCCAAACAGAGCCAGGCGUCUCUACCAGAGCUGUCACUAACAGACCACACCCCCUUCCCUUCCCUCACACCCUAUUGGCCGGCUGCCCUGCCACUGAGAGCAAAGGUUCCGAUGUUUGGGGGCGGAGCUUUGAGCCGACGUCACAUCACAUGGAUUCUCUCAUGUGGUCAGCGAGUGCAGAGACAGAUCUGUGUGAAGCAGGCAGCUGCUGCUGAUACCGCAAGAGACAGGAGAGAGGGAACCAGAGAGACAGAGAGAGAGGGAACGAGAGAGACACAGAGAGAGGGAACGAGAGAGACAGGAGAGAGGGAACUAGAGAGACAGAGAGAGGGAACGAGAGAGACAGAGAGAGGGAACGAGAGAGACAGGAGAGAGCUUUGAAUAGGGCAACUGUGCUAUUAUAAUUCCAUGGACCCAGGACUUUAAGGAUGUAUUUUGUGAUCUCAGCUAUGAAAGCUCAAAUUGAAAUUAUUCCUUGCAAGAUAUGUGGAGAUAAGUCGUCAGGUAUCCACUACGGCGUGAUCACCUGCGAAGGCUGCAAGGGUUUCUUCAGGAGGAGCCAGCAGAGUAAUGCAGGGUACUCCUGCCCUCGUCAGAAGAACUGUUUGAUUGACAGGACCAGCAGAAACCGCUGCCAACACUGUAGACUGCAGAAAUGCCUGACCGUAGGCAUGUCACGGGACGCGGUGAAGUUUGGCCGUAUGUCCAAGAAGCAGAGAGACAGCCUGUAUGCUGAGGUCCAGAAGCACCGUCUCCAGCAGGCCCAGCAGCUGCAGAGAGACCACCAUCCCCAGAACCCGGGGGAGGUCGAGCCUCUCUCUCCCCACUACGGUCUCACCGACCUCCCGGAAGACCUGGAGGUCGGGUACAUGGAGGAAAACAGCCCUGGGGGGGGUAACGGCCCAGCCUCCAAGGGGGGCUCUGACUCGGGAGGAGUGGGGGGGUUCUACCUGGACAUUCAGCCGUCUCCUGAUCAGUCUGGUCUGGAUAUUAACGGUAUAAAACCGGAGCCUCUUUGUGAUUAUGGUUCCAACCAGGGUUUCUUCCCCUACUGUUCCUUCACCAACGGAGAGACAUCUCCCACAGUAUCUAUGGCUGAGCUAGAACACCUAGGCCAGAACAUCUCCAAGUCCCACCAGGAGACGUGUCAGUACCUGAGGGAGGAGCUACAGAGCAUGACCUGGCAGGCCUUCCUCCAGGAGGAGAUAGAGACCUACCAGACGAAGCCGGAGGAGGUGAUGUGGCAGCUGUGUGCCAUCAAGAUAACGGAGGCCAUCCAGUACGUGGUGGAGUUCGCCAAGCGCAUCGACGGCUUCAUGGAGCUCUGUCAGAACGACCAGAUAGUGUUGCUCAAAGCAGGGUCUCUUGAGGUGGUGUUCAUCAGGAUGUGUCGUGCCUUUGACUCUCAGAACAGCACCGUCUACUUUGAUGGGAAGUACGCUGGGACCGACGUCUUCAAAGCGUUAGGUUGUGACGAUCUGAUUCGCUUAGUCUUUGAGUUUGGGAAGAGUAUGUCUGUCAUCCAUCUCUCUGAGGAGGAGAUCGCUCUCUUCUCAGCGUACGUCCUGAUGUCUGCAGAUCGGACGUGGCUUCAGGAGAAGGUGAAGGUAGAGAAGCUGCAACAGAAGAUCCAGCUGGCUCUCCAACAUGUCCUUCAGAAGAACGGCAGAGAGGACGUGGUUCUCACUAAGUUGAUAUGCAAAGUGUCGACCCUGCGGGCAUUAGUCAGCCGGCACACAGAGAAGCUGACGGCCUUCAAAGCAACCUACCCAGACAUUGUCCAAGCCCACUUCCCUCCACUAUACAGGGAGCUGUUUGGCUCAGACUUUGAACAGGGCUCCAUGUCCAUAGACGGCUAGCCGAAGACCCCGUCGGUAACCUACCGUACGGUAUCUGCCCUGUACUGUAGUUUACGUCAUGGAGCCAGCGUUGAUCUUUGGGAGUCAUAGAGACACGUUGAAUGAGAGACACUCAGACAGUGCCUUGGUCCUGGCCCUAACUUGCUCUUACCUGGACAGACACCCGACAUUUCUCUGUUCAUGUUCGUCUGUCUUCUCCUCUGUGUCCUCCUGGAUCAUGAGUUGGUUGGGAGGUUUCUUUGAGGAAAAAAACAUUCAAGCACUUAGAAAACCAACAGUCUUUCCUCUCAAAACAACAAACCUAUUGGGAUGGGGAGUGGAUUUAGUCACAACACUUACCUGUGGACAACGAUGUGAUGGAGAGAGGAUUUAGUCACAACCCUUACCUGUGGACAACGAUGUGAUGGGGAGAGGAUUUAGUCACAACCCUUACCUAUGAACAACGAUGUGAUGGGGAGUGGAUUUAGUCACAACCCUUACCUAUGAACAACGAUGUGAUGGGGAGAGGAUUUAGUCACAACCCUUACCUAUGAACAACGAUGUGAUGGGGAGUGGAUUUAGUCACAACCCUUACCUAUGAACAACGAUGUGAUGGGGAGUGGAUUUAGUCACAACCCUUACCUAUGAACAACGAUGUGAUGGGGAGAGGAUUUAGUCAC